AUGAGGACCUUCUUAGACAACAGAAGGUAUUUCAGGAUUCCAGAGAAUACUCGCAAGGCUGCCCAGGCUACUAUUGAGGCAUUGAUUCGCAACGGCCUUGACCCCGAUUCAAGCGACAUCUUCAAGCUUGCUGAACAGAAGUAUACGAGCAAUGAUGGUAGCAUCGUGGAUGACUUUCCAAAGAUCUUCCAGGAGGCUUUGGAGUUUGUCAAAAUUGUCAAAAGCCUCUCUCGGGUGGCUCUAGCAGCCGACGAUGUGCCACCUCUCUACCGUAAGGAAUACCGUAGUAUCCGGAACAUCGCCACGGAGCGGAAGGACCGGUUCACGAGAAUCAUGCUCAAACAGGGAGUGAGUGAAACAAAUGCACUAGCCAUGCAGGAUGCUGCACAGAGGUUAGAUUGCUGGAACGAGCAUUUCUGGCUCACAGUCAUGGAGGCUCGUAGGAGCAGGUUUACCUUCCAACAAGAGCCGCGCGGACUCGAGGUCACGCCGGGCGCAGACAGACAAAGUAAGAAUACUAACAACCUAACCAGUAUUUUCAACCUGGAAGAUCCUGUCUGCGAGACCUGCUGCUCAAUCACGAGUCUUGCGGCCUAUUUUGCGGACCUGUUAGCGUUGCUUAGAAACACCCGAUUCGAAAGCCCCGAGGGGUCCCUCCUUGGCGUUUUAGCCAAGCGUCGCUCAGAUCUACAAGACCUCCAGCUCACAUGUGCCAACUCGCAAGUGUUAAUCCCUUAUAUUGCUCUGGUCAACGAAGUGCUCGAGUCGUAUAUCCGUCAGCUACAUGAGACUUCGGGGGAAGACUUUCCCAUCCAAGUCUACAACACGCCAGAAGGCACGGAGACACUUGAAGAAUAUGGACACUCGGAUAUCCCUGUGUAUCUACCUGGAACAACCGAUGAAUCUGUUUACAAUAGCAUUAUUUCGCAGCAGAUGUACCCUUUCUCGUAUUUCCCGUACGAAAAGGCUCGGGACCAAGUGACGCAGAUCCUGGGCCACUUCAAGGUACAUACGCUUGAUGUAGUCGAACGGUUCCGGUUGGACAGUCGUCUUCUUAAGGAUAUUUUGCCGAACCAGCAACAGGGGCCGGAUAUUGCAGCCGGGCUUCGAGGGGGUGUAGAGGAAGUUUUCCAACGACAGAGCGCUGCAGAAACGAUCGGCAUACAGCAGGCUGAAUUUUCUAUUAUCACUGGGGAGACGUUCUUCCCACCUUGGUUUGCGGACCUUCUAAACGGGUUGUCAGACGCGAAUCGGAGCGUGAAAGUCCUGUCCGAGUGCCCUUGGACUGCCGCGCAGCUAUGGGGCUAUGCGACAGCAACAGACAUGAUCAAUAAAGAGAGUGAUACUCGUCUUUCUCUGAUCAAAUCUGAGCUCAUGCCCCGCUCCGGUUUGGGAUUUCAAGAAAUUCUCGACUUGGUGAAGACCCAGAGCUUCGGGCAGGAUUUGGUGAUCGUUAAUAGGAAUGGCACCCCAGACUUCAAAAGCUCCCUCGACGAUCUGUUGCUCCUCGCCAACGCAUCUGACCCACCGUUCGUCGACUUGACUGCGGAGAUAUGCUUCAACCUGCAAGCCUUUUUACGCCUCAAAGCGAAGUUGAAAUGGGCGACCAGAGAUAUCGAUGCGGCAAUAGUUUGUCUGCGUGCGCAGGAGACGCAGACGGCCCCCAGCAUGUACCAACCUCAGGCUUCGAACUUCUUCUCUAUCUCUCCCUAUGUAUUGAAGAGCAUUGCUUCCAUCCUCAAAAUCAGUUCAUUAUGUGGUAUGGAGCCUGCGUCACUGCUACCCCUGUGGGGGGCUAUCGACUCCUACGGCGAGAGCUCGUUCCUCCAUCGCAAAUUCUUCACUCCAUCCAUGGGCCUUGUCUCCCCGAUCUUUGCACCACCAACAGGCGAUCGGUACUUCGUGAUUGAAGGUGAAACGGUGCCUCAUAGUAGUGUAGACGGCCCGCUGUGCACCUGUCUGGAAUGGCCCAUCGAACACUUUCCAAAGCUUCUACAAGUGGCAGGCCUGGAAGAUGACGGACUUGAUCUUAGUGUGCACACGUUCACCAUCCUGUACCGAUAUACCACAAUAUGCCGAAUGCUUUCAGUCCCACCCGAGCACUGCGAGAUAUUUUUUCAGCUCUUUUUUGCAAACCCAGGGGUUGAUAAUGAGGAAUAUUCGAAUCCGUUACGAAGCCCUGCUGCAACCCUAGCUACAGUUGAGAAAUGGAAGAGAUUGAUAGAUGCAGGGUGGACCGUCGAAUCUCUGCAUCGAGUGAUACUGGGUUCGCAAGAAAGCGCAAAGUCAGAAUUAUCGGUCCGGAACGGGCUACAGAUAACCUCUUCCAUAUUGCAAGGUGCUAGAGAGAUCCGUAACUCAUUUCCAUUUCUAUUUGCGCAAGCUCUGCCAAGUAGUGAUAACAUAGCCGAAUGCGCCGCUCGCAUAUUCGAUGCGGCAACUGCAAGGCAGGUUGCCGCAUUCAUUGAGGAGACACAAGUAAAUACUGUGACCGUACCCUUCACCACUCUCGACGAGCUCAACUGGAUCAAGGACGAAUCCACCAAAUGGCCAAGCAAGCUGACAUUGAACCAAUCCAUGGCUGGAAGCGGCUUAAACGCAGUUCUAUGCCUCCAAGGAUUGUUAAGACAGCAGGAUAGGAAGCGCCUUGAGAGUGCCUGCACGGUGUUGGACAAAUUCAAGGAGGCGCUUCAAGUUCUUUUCCAGCAAUCUCUUGCGGCAGGGGAGAUCAUCCGCGCUCGGUUUGAAAGCAGCAAGAUGUCCCAUCUGAUUGACGCUCUGCUCCUCGAUGAGGACGAGCCAGAAGGCCAGGAAGCUGAAACGAGGGCCAGUGAUGCGAAGGCCACACAUAACAGACAGAUGAUAGUGGCUGAGGGAGUCACACGUAAGAGACGAAGCUUGUUUAUCCGGCUCGCCUGUCCAACAAUAAUCUCGGAUCUCAUGGAAAGCCAUAUUGUUAUGACAAUGCAAACCGUGGCGCAGGGCUCGAACUUGGAGUUACUCCCAACCCUGCUCUCGAAUGUGGUUCGAUCCCAAGGCAAAGAUCAGGAAUUCGCAAUGGCCACGUUACAACGCCUGAGUAACUCGGAAUAUGCGCCAGAAGUAAAUACCAUGGAUGUGUACUUCACGCCUAAUGUAACAGACGAUUUUACAUUCAUCUUUCUCAAAGACAGUGGCCACCAGCCUAUCGCACCGGAACUUACUAUUAAUGGGAUUAAAGUAGGGUUCGAUAACAACUUCCGCACAGCAACGUCUGUUCGGAUGUCAAGUGGCCAGACAUACCGUCUGUUCAGUAAUUUCCCGGCUACACAGCUACAUUGGGCAACGCCAAUGUCCAUUCCUGCGUCGUUCAGCCAUGGCAUGCUCUUACCAGUGCACAGUGUGAAGGUUGCGGAGGAUAUCACGAAGGCACUCGGGCGUGCUGUCGUUGCCUGCGAAACAUUUGAACUCACAGUUGAGGAGCUGCGAUAUUUCAGCAAGGCUGAUCCUGGCGUGACACCAAUGCUGAUUAUUGACUUAAACGCACCCACGCUAAAUAUGCUUGUUGAAGUUGAGCGUUACCGUGAAUUCACGAAAGAAUGUCGGCCCCGGUCUCGCGAGGACCGACCAAUCGAAUUACUUCAGUGGCUGUCAUCAACUACUGAGCCCAAAAGAGAAGAGAUAGUUGCUCGAAUUGCGGCUUGUACCGGAUGCGAUCGAGCUCGAUUGCUCGAUACGCUAGAUGAAAAGCACCCAGAAGACCGAUUUCCAGACAAUAAGCUCAUUGGGAGCUUGCGAGAUUUUAAAGAGCUUCUCGAUAUUCAUCGGAUCAUGCGUAUCGACAGUCGACUUGGCCUAGCGGCGGGCAUUGAUUCACAGCCGUCAAUCUCCACUCUAUUCAACAUUGCACAUGCCCGCUACAUCUUUACUGUAGAGGAAGAGGCAGAGGCUGCACGCAGUCUGGGGGCGAGACUAACGCCAGAACAACGAGCAGCAUCUGACAGAGGCCUAAUGGAAAACCAGCGCAACGCCCUUGUCUCGUAUCUUCUGCAGCAGAAGCAGAUACGGGAUCUCGGCAUCCAUGAUGCCGACGGCCUCUUCGAGCAUUUCUUGAUUGAUGUCCAAAUGGGUCCACAGAUUCGAACGUCACGCAUCAAACAGGCCAUAUCAGUAGUGCAGCUAUUUGCUCAGCGAUGCCUGCUCGGUCUGGAGAAGGGUGUGCCUAAGAGUGUCCUGAACCGCGAGCAGUGGGAGUGGCGCCAACAGUACAGUCUGUGGGAGAGCCAUGUCAAGAUAUUUCUGUAUCCCGAAAACUGGUUGGAGCCGGGCCUCCGAGACGACAAGAGCCAAUUAUUUGAGGAGUUGGAAACUAGCCUGAUGCAGAAGAGCCUUAGUCUAGACACCUUUAUUCAAGGCAUCAAGACGUAUGUCCAUGGUCUCAGUGAAGUAUCCUCUCUCAAAAUCAUGGCCUGCACCCAUGAGCUUGGGGACCGUGCUGCUGAUAUCUUCCACUUGUUCGGUCGCACACGUACCUCGCCUUACAUGAUCUUCCAUCGCACAUUAACUGUUCUAAGGCCGCAGACUGCAGGUGUAUUCUGGCGGCCAUGGAGGAAGAUUGAGAUGGACAUCCCUUCAAUCGAGGCAGAAUGGCAAGGGGAGAGCCUACAGAUCAGUGGCUGCCAUCUCAUACCUGUACAUUCUGGAGGUAGAUUGUAUCUAUUCAUCCCCCAUAUAAUACCAAAGACCGCCCCGGGAAACAACCAGACCAAGGUAAGUAAGUCAGGCAGCAGUGAUACCUCUGACAAUGCGGAGAGCAAGGCAGCUCAGCCCAGGCGCUUCUGGGAGAUUACAAUGGGUUGGACGGAAUUUUCCAAUCAUAGCUGGACGCCCAAGCGCGUUGCAACAGGCAGUAUAGCUCUGGACUACACGAAGUCAAAACCAAACGAGCUUCGAUUUGAGCCCAAGUUUGAUCCCGACCGGGCUAGUAGCAGAUUAGUGCUCGUCGUGGGCUAUCCAAGUGAGAAAGGGCAAUAUAGCAGAAUUGGCGGGUUCAGCUUCUGUGAGGACCAAAUGGUUGCCAUUCCCACAUCCGCCCUUGGCGGCUAUAGAAUGACAAAUAGUAAAGGUACUCCAGUCUUCCAGAAAGAAACAACUAACCUCUCACCAAAUAUCGAGCCCGACACUCCUCUGGCUAAAAAAAAUGAAGGGCCACUUAUCUGGUUGCCAAAGCCGUUUGUGAAUCGUAACUCAUCCACUACUGAUAGCAAGAAAGCCAAGUCUAUCUCAUGGACACUAUCUUAUGAACGAGAACAGGCGCCCAUCGGCCUCGUGUUCAGUGCACAGAGAAGUGAUGGGACAAGCAUUAGCUAUUUCAACUUCCCUACAGCGCAAUAUACCGCUGACACCUACUGGGAAAAGCAAGGCCGUAGCGAAGGAAUGAGUAUGGUAACACUGGAUCACACCUUUUCACACGAUUUGACGCGUGCCAUUGCCGUUAGAUCUGAUCCUCUUAGCCAACUCUUUGACACACUUCGUACACAAACGCUUACGGUACCGGAGACAUUCGGUCAGGAUAACUCAUCACUUGGUGUCGUCGAGCCCGAUAACGGUACCCCCAACAAAGAGCCUACCAAGAAAAAGGCGGGUAUUAUUGGCGGGGCUUACCAUGAGCUUGCGCAACCCAUGGCUCUCUAUAACUGGGAAGUAGGACUGCAUUCAGUUCUGCUUGCUAUGGAUCGUUUUUUCGCUACUCAGCAGUUUGAGGCAGCACUCCAGGUUGCGCGUCUUGUGUUUGACCCCACUGUAGAUGUCAAUGUCAAAGGAGCUUCAGCUUCCAACCCUCAUGUUCAAACCCUGAGUUGUUGGAAAUUCCCACCUUUUCAGGAAAUUGCCUGUAACAUGAGCCAAAAGCGCGGGGUGAGCCUGAAAGUUUCUGACAUUGCCAAGGAUAGUCAUUUCAAUCUAGCAAUUAUCGAACGGCGCACUCACGGAGCAUUGGUGCAUGCUACAGCGCGUGGUCGGCCCGAGGCGUACAUGAAAUGGAUUGUGAUGAAAUACGCUGAAAUCCUCAUUGCUGCUGGGGACGCGCACUUUCGCCGGUCUACCCUGGAAAGCUUACCAUUGGCGAUUCAACGGUAUGUUGAGGCAUUACACAUUCUAGGCCCCGAGCCCCCAAAGGUUCCAAAACUAGGCAAGAGAAAGGCAUCAACGUUCCGGGAGCUCAAAGAAGAGGAUACAAAUCUAGAACUGCGGCUUCCUUUUUCCCCUCAAGCUGUCGAAGGGGCCCCCCAAAGACAGGAGGGAGACAGAAGGCGAGAGAAGAUAGUAUGCUAUCUACGUACUACGUACUUCUGUGUGCCGAUGAACCCCAAGUUCAAAGAGCUCAGGACUGUUGUUAACGAGCGGCUCUACAACGUAAGGAACUCAUUGGAUAUCCAAGGUCGUCCUGUCACAUACUCACUCAUCGAGCCCCCCAUUGACCCGGCCGACUUAAUCGCUCUUAGUAGCCAGGGGCUGAGUAUGUCUGAAGCUUUGGCCGCAGUAGUCGGGGAGCAAGACAGCCCCCUACCCCGACAGAGAUUUUCACAUCUACUGCAGCAGGCGUUAGAGUUAUGCAACGAGCUUCGUGGUCUGGGCGAGCGUUUGCUUUCCGCUGUUGAGAAAAGAGAAGUUGAGGCAUUUAGUGCGCUGCGGGCGCGUCAUGCAACGGCCAUUCACAACAUGAUGCUGGAUAUCAAAAAGACACAACUCACUGAAGCCCAAGAGAUAAUUGACUCACUACAGAUCAGUCGUAGCUCUCAUGUGUCGCAGCUAGAAUUCUACCUCUCCCUUAUUGGCGAGCCAAAGGCAACAGUGCCAUCUGAAAAGGAUUCCUGGGUUGAUAUAGCUCAGGAUAUAGAUAAAGUUACAACCGAUGAUCUGCGGAUGUCUCCCAUCGAGAAGGCAGAGAUGGAUUUAACAACGGCCUCUGGAGCAUUGAACACCGUUGCUUCUGGGAUUGAUGGAUUGGUUGCUCCGAUAUUCGCUGUCCCUGACUUCCAAGCGAUCACAGCGCCCAUGGGUGUCGGUACCAGCGUUGGAACGGGGGGUUCAAAGAUCGCCCAAGGAAUCUCAGCAGCUUCCACAUGCAUCAAGUUGGCGGCUAUGAUAUGUGAUAUCAAAGCAGGCCAAGCCGCUCGAAAAGCGCAGCUCACUAAGCAGCUCCAGGAACGUCGGUUCCAGGCCAACAUGCAUGGCCGGGAAAUAAAAGCCAUUGACAAGCAAGUUGAGAUUCAGAAGACCAGAGUAAAGGGGAUGGAGCGAGAGAUCGAGCUUCAGGAGUCUGAGGUUCAGGAGGCUGCGCAAAUUGAGCUGUGGUAUAGGACCAAAUACACGAAUGAACAGCUCUAUAGCUGGAUGGAGAAGCGACUUCGCGGUCUUUACUACCAGGCAUACACAUUGGCCAUGAGCGUUGCACGAAAGGCUGAGAGUUCCCUUGCCUUCGAGCAGGGCCGCAGAAUUUCGGUUCUUCGCCACGGUGGUUACUGGGAUGCCUUGCACGACGGGUUAUUGAGCGCAGACCAUCUUUAUCUUGACCUCAGGCGGCUUGAGGCCGCUUCACUUGAUGCCGACAAGGACAGCUUCGAAAUAACAAAAACUAUUUCUUUGAGGCAACUUGAUCCUUUAGCCCUACUGACACUACGCCUGACGGGAACAACAACCUUUGUGCUUAACGAAAGUCUGUUUGAUAGAGACUUCCCUGGCCAUUACAUGAGGCGGAUUCGGUCCAUAGCUGUGUCGGUGCCCUCGAUUCUCGGUCCAUCCAGUAGUAUCAAUGCCACCCUGAGGCUUCUAAGCCAUCAAUACCGUGUUUCGUCAACUGUGUCUAAGGCAGCUGAUUAUGCAGCUCAAAACAGGGAAUCCUUUCGAACAGAUAACCUCCCCAUUUCAGCCGUUGCCAUCAGCUCUGGUUCACAUGACGCAGGAGUGUUUGAGCUCUCGUUCUCAGGCCGCGAUUACAUGCCAUUUGAAGGAGCAGGGGCAGUAUCAUCCUGGCGCCUAGAUCUUCCAAAGAUUCGGCAAUUUGAUUACGAGACCAUUAGCGACAUCGUUUUGCACAUGCAGUACACAGCACUCGAAGGAGGUGCCUUGCUCAGCGCCGUCGCGAGUGAAACAGUACAGAACGCACUCCAAGCCAAGGACAAAGUGGGCCAUAGCGAUGGUUUCUGGUUCAUGUGGGAUCUCAAAUCUGAUUUUCCCAGCGAGUGGUAUCAAUUUGAGUCCAAGCUUUUAACCGACAGGAAACCCGAGGGUAAUGGCAUUCGAGCAACAAUGGAACUAGGCAAUCUCAAAGACCGUUUGCCUUUCCAUUCCCAGCAACAGGCGAACCUGAAAGUACGAAAUCUUAUCUUCGCUUCAAGUAGCCAGUCUCUAGUUGAGGAGCUCCGCAUCAGUGAUGUUACCACUCCAGAUAAAAAGGGCACCCAGCCUAAACCACUUGGGGAGAACUUCACCAUGAAAAGUUGGAAUGAAUUAACAAAAAUGACAGACUUGAACGGAUGGAAGCUUACAGCGCCUUCCAGUAUAACAGAUGUGAAAAAUGUAUAUAUGUUGAUGCGGUAUACGUAUAGCUGA